AUGAUUGUCGGUAGAUCAUGGCUGUUUGCAGAAUGGGAACGAUUGAAGCUUCACGAGGAGUACUACUACGGGUGGAUGGGGGAAAUCUUGCACCGGAGAGAGCGAGGGAUCUCGAGCUGGUGUGGCCGAGUGCAGGACUUCCUGCGCUCGGCCGAAGCGACCGGCGCGCUGGACCUGCUCUAUCUGGACUACACCGGCCAACUGGAGACGCUCGAGGUGCAUAGGAGACGACCUGCUUUCGCAUCGCCCGGCACAGCCCCGGCUUUUUCUGUAUCCGUAGCCCUCGACACCAUGGCAUCAGCAGAUGCGAUGCCAGUUCUAAUGGAGCAUGACAUCACUGUAGUCAACACCUUCGUUCAGGUUUCCGAGGCCCGCCCGCGCCAGUUCUUGCAACGCUCGCAGACGGCGCCCGAAGCGGCCCUGGUCAUGGAGGAGCCCACGGCAUCUGAAGGCGAUCUCCACAUCACAGGCAAGGCCGCUGAGCAGAAAACUGACAAGGAGGUGAUUGAGGAAUCUCCAGAAUCCACCGAGCCGGUGAAGACCGUCAAAAAGCUACAGACCCUGCGGACGCUGAACCGUUUCGAGACGCCGGACCCUUGGGAUCUGGAAGCACUCUGCAAGAGCCUGGACGAGGCACCGGAGGAGGCGCUGCCGGCCAAGGCCGGCGUCUCGAAGCCAUGCCUGUUGCACUCCGCAACCCCUGACCGAUGGGAAUGGGACGCGAUGGUCAGGGAGGAGAAGAUCAUGGCACCGGCCCUGGAAGCUGUGGCACCACCAGCCACGCAGGCAACACAGGCGGUGCCCGGGACGGCCUCGGCGUGGGUCCCCACGCAGCCCUGCCUGGCCCAGGCAGCUCCAAUGGUGUCACUCCUGCCAGUGCCAGUUACGCUGGCCAUGCCUGUCGCCCCAAUGCCUGCACUUCAGCCCGGAUGCGACUACCCCCGCCUCUUGGGCAGCGUGAGCCCAGCGUCGCAGGGCUCCCCCAAGCCCACCUCGCCCAGCGUCUCGCCCAGCGUCUCGCCGCGCGUGCGGCCGGGCACUCUGGAGGCCACACAGUUGGAUGAGAACCGGCAGCUGGUCAAGUGGUAUGUGGACGCUGCGAAGUUUGAAUCCAACUCGGAGAGGCUGCUCAGCCCAGAGUUUCAGCUCCACUUCCCCGGGCAGGCCGAGCCCUCCACCUUCCGAAUGGUGAUCCUCGCCAGACAGACUGGUGGAAAGCAUGGCGCCGGAUUCAAGAAGGCAAAGGGGUGGGGCAGUAUCGAGCUGAAAUGCUCUUCUGCCGUGCCCUCAGGCGUGGGCAGCAUCGCAGCCUGUGUCACAGUUGGUGAAGGAGCCCGCAAGCAGCUCAGCGCACAGCCGAUCGAGCACAAUUUCGGCGACAAGACAUGCUGCCAGCUGCGGAAUGGGGAAGAAGCAGAUUGGGACUUCAGACAGUCGAUCAGCAGAGACGCCAAGAACUGUGAGAUUUCGGUGGAGAUCCACUUUUGA